GGCGCCGAGCCAAAUCUACAGUUGUCCCAACAACCGGAGAACAAACUCAAUCCAGUACAGCUGAUGAAGAUUGCGAUUGGCUACACAAAAAUGAUACAUACCAGAUUUCAAGCCGUCGUGUGGACACAAUCCUGUGGAAAAAUGUAAGGUCAGGUGGAAGUGUGUUCUUAGAGAAUGCAUGCAUCUCUAAAAUGAUAAAGAUCGGUGGCUAUCUACCCUCAGAUGACAUGGAUGCUGCACCAGUAUGGGUAUUAAAUAGAGCCAAAGAAUAUUUUAAAAAUGAUAUGAUAUUCAUUCCAAUAAACAUGGACGACGUUCACUGCUACCUAUGUGUUAUAAAUGCCAGAAAACUAUGUGUUCAAGUGCUCGACUCGCUAGGCCCAUCAAUGAAUCGCAAGGACCUCACUGAUACGCUAGAAGGACCGGAGAAUUUAUUCAAAUAUGCAUCCGAGCACAUGGAAUUAAAAUCCAAUAAGUGGACUGAUCUAAGUGUUACAACAUGGAAAAGAGAAGAAUAUAUUAAGAGCAGUCUUGAGACGGAUGGCCCCUGGUUAUUGGAUUUUCAAUUUAAUGCACUCAUGGCACGAUUGGACGCUACAUUUUUCAGUACCCAAGGUAAUUAUUGGCACCAUGCUCAUUUCUACACACGUUACGCAUAUUUUUUAAUAACAAUGUUAUAUAAUGCAUAUAUACAUUGGAGAUGUAUCACACACCCAGAAAGUGUUGCCGCCAAGGAGACUGCAGAGUUGCAUAUGUCGGCGAUUGAGAUGGAGGACGAGGUGACCAACAAGUGCAUGUGGGUCGAUCCAGAACCGCAAGAGCCUUCGGCGAGCCUGGACUUCAUCAGCAGCCUCCCCCACAAGAUGUUGCUCGUCAUCAUCUCCCUCCUCCCCAGCAAAUUUGGGGUGCGGACAACCGUCCUCUCCCGGUGA